AUGCCCAGUGAACAACUCACGAUCCAUGCUCGCGUGAUCCUACCGGCUGAUACGGAUGUGCGUGGGCGUGUCACAAUUGGGGCAGGCACUGUCGUGCAUCCACGCGCGAAAAUCGACGCUACGCUGGGGCCCAUCACCGUAGGCGAAAACUGCCUGCUGGAGGAACAUGUACACCUCAUUAGCACCGACAAAGGCAUGACGAUCGGCGAUGGAAAUGUGUUUCGGGUACAUGCUCAUGUAUCAUCGCCACAGAUCGGCAACUGCAACGUAUUCGAAACAGGGUGUCAUGUCUCGGACUCUCAAACCAUCAGCAACUUUUGUAUUCUAAGUGCCGGGUGCAAACUUGGGCAUUCUGAUCACGAGCACAGCAUGCUGCCGGAACGGACCGUGGUCUAUGGGCAUGAUGCGAUGCAGCACGUCUGGAGUGGCGAUGGCAUGGGGCAGCAUUUAGCGCUCCAUGCGAAGCACUUGCAAUACUUGCGCGAUACGAUACCCCGCUCCCAUAAACUUCGUGUCAUUCGUUCCUAG